AUGGCAACGUAUCAACCCUAUAAAGAAUAUUCUUCUGUGGGUGGCGGCGGAUUUGAAAACACAGAAUCAAGGCCUCAAACUGGCGAAUCCACCGCCUCUCCCAGUCGCUCCACUAGACUUACGCCAGUAACAAUAAAGGAAGUUUUGGAGUCUAGGCAAGAGGUUCAGGAUGGACCGUACGUUGUACAUUCACAGGAGUUACACCACAUAUGUUUUGUUGGCGUGGUAAGGAAUAUUGUUGACCAUACUGCCAAUAUUGUGGUAACUGUUGAAGACGGAACCGGCCAGAUUGAUGUCAGAAAAUGGAGUCAGGAUGCCAAAGAUUUGGCCACCAGCCAGGAUGAUAAUAUGAACAAGAAUUAUAAUUCUCAGUUGGCACAACAAUAUCAUAUUGGGACCUAUGUCAAGGUGUUCGGUGCUCUCAAAGACUUUACAGGGAAGAAGAACAUACAGUACGCCGUAAUCAAGCCUAUAGAAUCGUUUAAUGACGUACUGGCCCACCAUUUGGAAGUAAUCAAAUGCUUCGCCAUCGCAACAGGCAAGUUUCAGCAAGUUCAGGGAACAAAACCGAUAGAAAAUGGAGCACAAUCACUUUUUGUUCAAGAUACCGGUUCGUCAGAUGAUAUCGCAGGGACUGUGUUGAAGUUCUGUAGAGAACAGUGCCAGGGCAAAGAUGCCAAUUCCUUUGCUGUUCCAAUUCAACUAAUAGCGCAAACUUUGAAUAUCAGCGAGGCCACUGCCAAGGACUGUUGCACAAAGCUAACCGAACAGGGCUAUAUAUAUCCUACACUUACUGAAGACCUUUAUUUCGCCAUAUAG